CUCCGCCAUUUCCCUGCAAAGUACCAUUCAACCAAAAGAAGCUAAGCCGAGAAGGAAGGAAGGAAGGAAGACAAUGAAGGGGACCGAGAUCCUGACCAUGGUCAUUCCCCUCUCCUUUUUCCUCGUGGGUUACGGUAAGACAACUUUUCUUCAUUAUAACUUUUAUACAGCAGUGCAGCUAAUUGUUCAUCAGAUUCUGACGUGCAUUCUCAAAAGCUAAGCAAUACCCACCAAUUAUGGUGGAAACCUGAGAACAACAUAGCAAUUAGGACUCUGGAAAGGGAAUUCACCUCAUCAGACUCCUCUUUCUCCUGUAGUUUCUUUCUCUACUUACCACAGCAACAGUCGGCCGGAGCAGCGUCAGCAUUAGCAUAGGAACUGGCAUUCAUUAGUUACUCGAUUUAGAAAUGAAAUAGGAAGAUUGAACCCUUGAGAGCAAUGAAGGAAAAUGGCUGACCACUACCGGUAACGAUCAAUCGAGCCAUGGCCAUGUAGAUUCUGAGAUCAACAUAAUUUCCCUCCUGCAUCAUGUAAAACAACAGAAAUGAAGUAAGAAGAUUGAAACCCCUGAGAGCAAUUUAGGAGAAUAAACACUAAAGUUUAUUGAACAGUUGAAAGUUAUUAGAACCAGCAAAUUUAUCAAAUCAAACAAGAACCAGCAAGAUUGAGUGAAUACCCAUGAAAUUGAUGAGGUUUCUGCAUAAAGUGCUUGAAGAUACUUUUGAGGUUUGAACAUGUAGGUUCCCUGAGCAGACAAAGUGAUUUCCAAUAGGUGCUGAAAAGAGAUUGACGAAGGGAAACAGGAACUAUGUAGGAAGAGUUUUAUGGAGAGGUUUAGCCACAUUCUACACAAAGCUGGAGCUGAUUAAGCACUUUGUAUACUAGUACUGAAUUGACCCUCCAAAACAAGCCAAAACAGAACAUACAAAUUUUCUGGUCUCUCUACUGAAGUCUGUCAUCAGGUGCAGCAGCAUCAACUUAUUUCCCCAACACUAAACGAUAUCGUAAGUCUCUAAACCCUAGGAAAUCGAUCCAAGACCACCAGGAGCAUCGAUUGGUAUGCAUAUUAAAUGAUCCUCACCCAGCAAUACAUACAUUGAUUAACAGUCAGUUAGUCUCUAGAUCAUAUCUCCCAUACAAAAUACUACAAGUCAACUAGCUGAAUGUAGCUUGUUAAGCAAGAAACCAUUUUUCACAUAUGAAGAACCAAACUACCAAGUAAGCUAGGAAUAAGAAUACUUACCCACCAUUGCAUGGACAAACUCCACAGAGCUGCAUAUUCUUCAGGACCCGGUACCUGAACAACAAAGGGUACAAUUCAGAGCCAAAACUAAUGAAUGCAGACCUGAAAUUACAGCAUUUCCAUCUACCCUGCCACAAAAGAUUGCAUUUUUUUUUAUCACUCAUCCUCUGUUUAUCAGUUAAUUUUGUUGGCACUCAUCCUCUCUCUGAAUGAACAUGAAUUCUGCAGAUUCCGUCACACCACUCGUAGCGAACCUGCUCCGCCGAAACCUGCACGUUGCGGACUACCAGCUCACCUUAGCAGUAGUUGCAGCAAACAUUGCGGCCAUGGGUGGCGCCCUCGUGGCAGGAAUCGCUUGCGACUACUUGGGUCGCAAGCGUACGUUGACAGCUAGUGGCGUCAUGUUCCUGGUGGGUAACCUGAUGAAAGUCCUCGCAACAUCUUCCUACAGCCUUCUUGUCGUAGGACAGGUGGCGACCGGGGUAGCCACCGGCUUUAGCCUCACCGUCGCGCCCCUCUUCAUCGCCGAGCUGAUUCCGUCCAAGAACCGUGGCCUCUACACCGCCCUCACCGAGGUGUUGUACAACUUGGGGAUCACGUUCAGCUACAUCCUUAACAAUGUGAUCUCGGCCGACUUCCCCUCGGACGUCGCUCAGAGAGUGACGUACGGACUACCGGCUUUCUUAUCCCUGAUGUUCGUCUUCGAGCUGCUGCUGCUCCUGCCAGAGUCACUUUACUGGCUCAUCGCGAACCGAGGUCUGAUCGGAGACGCCAUCGAGAUUAUGAAGGACAGCGAACGUGGUCUAGGUGAAAUCGACUAUGUCAUCCGGCAGAUGCGGCUCGAAGCAAACAUACCACGACAAAGAACCAACAGAAACCAGCGGACCGCCCCUGCCACACAAGUGCGGCUGUUGUGGAAGGAAUUCAUCGGGCAGGGACCGAUUCGGCGCAACUUGAUGAUUGUCGGGGGGAUACACAUCCUCCGACAGUCAUCAGGGGUCGGCGCGUUUAAGAUGGAGAGCCUUCUGGUCGUCCUGGAUUUCUCGAGGUCGGGAAUGUUCAUAGCGAACUUGAUGAUCCUCGCCGUGAGGAUCUUCUACGCCUCCCUGUCGAGCUGGUUGGUGGAUCGGAUUGGUAGGCGGAUCUUACUGCUGAGCGGUUGCCUCUCCACCGGCGCGUUCUACUUGCUUUUCGGGUUGCCAUUGGUAGCGAUUCAAGCGAGCGCGGAGUUAUCGAAUCUGGCCGAGUACGCUGUCAAGACCGUCGCAUUGUUGGCGAUGAUGGGAAUCAUGGGGGCGUUUGAGGUUGGCCUAGGAACCGUCACCUGGACGAUCACCUCGGAGGCGUUCGGUUACCGGUUCCGUGCACAAGGGGCAAGCAUUGCGGUUUUGCUGAACAGAGCGGCGGAGACGGUUCUGGUUGUGACAUUCGCGCCUCUGUGUGGUUGGAUCGGCAUCACCGGUGCUUCUGUUCUGUUUUGCGUGGUGAUGGCGGCCGGCUUUGGAUUCUGUUACUUCUUCGUCGAGAAGAAAGAUACGUUCGUACUCGAGUGAGCACGGUUUGUGAUCCUGGGUAAGGUUUUGUGAAGAGAAAAGAGGUGGUGUCUCGUCUGUUGCUAGAUCUAUAAUUGCUACGAAGAAUGUUAAUUCACUCCAAUAAUCAGCUUGUUGACUUAAUGACCUCGUGUUUUUUUUUUCUUUUCCAGCUAGCUAUAAACCAAUUACAAAGAUGUAUACCUACUUCAGCAACUUUCAUGUAAUACUAAAGAAAAAUGGAACUUUCAUGUAAUCCUGUCGUUAAGGACUUGUUUAAGGACGUAUUUUUAUAGUAAGAAUGUACUCUGGAUUGAUAAUCUUCUGAUCAUUGUUUACUCGAGUUUAAGCAUUGAUGAUGAUUGUUUGUCGUCUGAGAUGAUUACUUUGAAACCUUAAUACUCUAAUUACUUAGAGGGCAGAUGAAUCAAGAAUAAAAAUGUUUGUGUUUCGACUUAUAUAAAGUUAUCUUAAAAAAUAUUAAAGGGCUUUUAGAAUUGAACCCAUGCCACGUACUCCUUACUAGAAGCGGAAUGUAUCCACGUCAGACACACUUUCAUCUCUUUCUUAAUCCUUCUCUUUCUCUAUUCCUUCUACGCUGUCCAAAUACCCCUUCUUAACCAUUGCCCAAGUCUGUCAUAUGCUUUCCUGCCCGUCGUUUCUACUUUCUCUCGGUUAGCGGUACUUUCCUUCCCUCCCCAAAUCUGCAACAUCUUCCGUCCACCAUUGAGUAUUUACAACUCCAGUCCAGUCGUUGGAUCUUCCGAUUGCAUUUUGGGACUUGAAUCAGUUUCUCUCCGCUCGUGCAUGGCUAUUAUAGAAACCGACGGAGAUUUCAUUCCUAUCCAUGCCCACCAAUUUCCCCCAAUUUGAAAGACACGUUUGAGUUUGCAUUUGCAAUCCGUUGCUCUGCCUCUGACCGCUCAUUCCUAAAGGUAAAUUCUUCUUCUUGCAUGAAUCUUUAUGCCGGGACCUUUUUUCUCCAUUAUUCUGGAUUUCCUUUUGCUUUCUGAUUUGAAGCCAAUAGAGUAUUGAACUCUAACUACCCUAAUGCAACAUACUCGAAAUUAGGAGUACAAAUCGAUCACGACGCAUCCUGAAAAGUUGAUAGGAGUAAGCACUAAGAAGUUAAAGCAGUAUUCCAACGUACUCACUCGACAAACUCUAAAGCACGGGCAAGCACAAGGUAAUAAUUGUUGUGUACAAUUUUGUUUGGAGACCGAUAAUGUUGACUAUAGAAACGGAAGUUUCCGAUUAGAUUUUGAUGAUGAUGGUUGUGUAACUGUGAUAUCAUUGUUGAAUCGUGGGGAAAUUUUGAAAUCUUCACAGAUAAAUACAUCAUGUUGUUGUGAAUCCAUAACGAAUAAAUCCAAUUAUAAUAUGCUGCGAAGUGCGAAGUCAUCCAAAAUAGUGCAGCCAUGUGAACCCAGUUUGCCAAGCCUUUGGUGUUGAUUUAUUUGUUGAAUGUCUUUUGUCAAGUUCUACAUUUGUUUUACUGUUGUCCCUGUUUUAAACAUGUUGUGUUGCUUCACUGAUAUGAUUGUUUCUUAACUCUGUUUGUCUUUGUUGUUCUUUGCUCUUAUCCCAACAUUCAUUUCCCAUAUUCUUUUAAUAUCUCUUUUCUUAUGUAGGUUUCUAUGGAGGAAGGUUCUUUGAUCACUUCAUGGCAAUUAGAUCUCUCACCCAGGAAUAGACGCUCCUUCAUUAUGCUGUUUACUAUAAGCUAGAUAUGUACAUUUGUUUCAGCAAUUAAAUGCCAGAUAUCAUGCAUAUUUCAUAGGACAAUGAAAUAGAGACUGAAGCCAUGAUCAGUAUGAGCAGCUCCAUACCAAAUCUACACUGAGUGAGGGCUCUGACACAACAUCACUGUGCUUAAGUCGGUGAAAAAGGAACCCGAACUUGCAUUCGACCCACCAAACAACAAUGCUAUGCUACAAGCCAAGACUACAACACAUUAUAGCAACCGAAACAAUAAGUUCCAAAGAGUGCA